AUGGGAGUCUUGGCCAAGCCCGUCCACAGCGACGAGUCUCUGACCGAGCUGUUCGCCCUCAUCGAGAGCAAUCCGAGUCUCUGGAAGAACGACUCCAAGCACUUCAAGAACCUGCUGUUGAAGCGUCGUCUCUGGGCCCGCUUUGCCGCCUACCUCCAGGAACGCUUCCCGAUGCUCGGUCCUUUCACACCGGAUAACCUCAAGUAUGUGUACAGUAUCAAGAGGCGCCAGUACUAUGACGAGCUCAAGGAGAAGACUGUCCGAAGCAGGUCCGGAGAGCUCGAGUACACCGGCCGCUGGAAGUUCUUUGACGCCCUCGGUUUCCUUCGGGUUCAUUCGGAGUCGUUCCGUCAGUCCAUACCCACCCCAACACUGAACUUCGAGGAGGAACAGAUGGUGGACCUGGAAGGAGCCUACCUGGACGAGACGAACCUCUGCGUCGACUUGGAAGCCGAGGACCUGACGGCCUUCAAGAAGGAGCCAACUCCCGAGGACGCUCCCGACGACCUGUCCUUCGUGCAGGUGAAGAGGCCGCGAUGCGACGUCGAGCCCUUCCCAGAGCCUACGCCGAGCCCGGUCCCGCGCGUCGACUGCGUCCAGUCUCUCAACACGUCCUCGCAGUUCUACGACGAGUGCGACCAGUUCGGCAAUAUGAUUGCCAACUACAUGCGCCGCCUCGGGGAAGAAGAGAGACUGGAAUUCCAUUGCCACAUCAUGGGUUGCACCAAGGACUUCUUUAAGUGCAUGGGCAAGUUCAAGCGCCAGUGACGAUUGACCACGGAAGUGCACGGUUCGACGGAACCGUUCCGCCGUCUAACGGGGCAUCGUGUCUCGCCGAUGUUGAAUCCAUUGCGCUUGCCACUGCGGAAGUUUAGAU